AUAUAAAUUAAAAUAAAAGUUCCAACCAAAGCCAUAGCCAGUGAAGACUAGCAGAAACAGUGUAUACAAAGAAACAAGAAAAAAAUGGUGGAUGCAUCACAGAUAAUGGUCAGUUGGUGUCUGCAUAAUGCUGGGCUAAGUGGGUUUCUACAACAAAGAAAUUCAAGAAAAAAAGUUAUCAAGGCGUGAGAAGCAGAAGGGCAACUGAACUUUGUACAAGAACAUGGUUUUGGUUUCAACCAUGAGUAUUUGUUAGAAUAAAUGUUCUGUUUCGAUUGUUGGGUUUGAGGUGGAAGUUCUGAGGUAUCCGAUGGCUACUCGGAGCGGGUCAAAUUGGUGGAGUCUGAGGUUGCUUGGAAUGGUUUACCUUGUUUUAGCUUUAGUAUUUGUUUCAGCACAAGAAAUUUUGGAGCAGCAAGCUUCAAGUCAGACUCUAGGGGAAGAGGUUGAAUCUAAUUACUUAAUCCGAGUGUCCAGAUUUCUUUCGCAUCGGGGUGGAGUGGUUUAUAAGCAUGUCUGGCCUGAAAUGAGUUUUGGCUGGAAAAUUGUCGUUGGAACGAUAAUUGGAUUCCUGGGGGCAGCAUUUGGGAGUGUAGGAGGUGUUGGUGGGGGUGGCUUUUUUGUUCCAAUGCUCACCUUGAUUAUUGGCUUUGAUCAGAAAUCAUCAACAGCAUUAUCAAAAUGUAUGAUCACAGGUGGAGCAGCUGCAACUGUCUUCUACAAUUUAAGGCUCCGGCAUCCGACACUCGAGUUGCCCCUCAUUGACUAUGAUCUUGCACUUCUGUUCCAACCAAUGUUGGUGCUGGGGAUCAGUAUAGGAGUUUCUUUGAAUGUUGUUCUUUCUGAAUGGAUGAUCACAAUCUUACUCAUUAUUGUUCUCUUAGGCACAUCAACUAAGUCGUUCUUCAGAGGCAUUGAGACGUGGAAGAAAGAAACCAUCACGAAAAAGAAUUUGCUGGAUGCUUCCAAAAGUUUGCAAUCAAAAGGUGAUGGCAGUGAAGACAUAACUAUCCCGGGAGGGGUAGGCAACGACACAACUGAAACCAAGGAAACUAAAAGAAAGAAGGUUUCUAUUCUUCACAAUGUUCGCUGGAGGCAACUUGGGGUCAUAGUUAUUGUCUGGAUCAUAAUACUUGCACUGCAGAUUGCUAAGAAUUACGCGACGAAAUGUUCAGUGGUAUAUUGGAUAUUAAAUCUCUUACAGAUUCCGGUGACCGUUGGGAUAACUUCAUAUGAGGCAGUUAAGCUAUACAAAGGGAGCAGAAUAAUUGAAUCCAAGGGAGAAGGAGGUGCAAACUGGAGAGUGCACAAGCUUGUUUCUUAUUGUGCCUUUGGCAUAGUAGCUGGAAUAAUUGGUGGGUUGCUUGGUCUUGGUGGAGGGUUUAUUAUGGCUCCACUCUUUUUGGAGAUGGGAAUUCCUCCUCAGGUUUCAAGUGCCACAGCCACAUUUAUCAUGACAUUCUCUUCCUCCAUGUCUGUGGUAGAAUACUACCUCCUAAAACGGUUUCCAAUUCCAUAUGCUCUCUACUUUGCUGCUGUUGCUACCGUUUCCGCGAUCGUCGGGCAACAUUUAGUAGGAAAGGUGAUCAAAGCAUUAGGAAGAGCAUCCUUGAUCAUCUUCAUUCUUGCUUUCACAAUAUUUGUGAGUGCAUUGACAUUAGGUGGGGUUGGCAUAGCAAACAUGGUGAAAAAGAUUGAGCGCAAGGAAUCUCUGUGGUUUGAGAGAAUGUGCACUCACAAAUCUUAGUCUUGUGAACUCUUCUCUUGACUUCCUUAACUCCCAGACCAUCAAAAUUCUUCAGACACUUCAAAUCAUGUUGCAAUGAUUAUAUGAUUUUAAGUGUGA